AUGGCGUCCCGACUCCCACCGCCGUCUACGAGAAGGCCUCCGAGCCAACCACCACCCGCGGCAAACAAGGUCCCUGAUAAGAUCAUUGGCGAGUUUCACCGCGGUAAAGAGAUUGGAAAGGGAAGCUUCGCUACAGUGUACUUGGUCCAGCACCCGAAGCUGAAGUCGUAUGCCGCUGUCAAAGCCGUGGAGGUCUCCAAACUGUCUAGGAAACUUAGGGAUAACUUGACAAAGGAGAUUAGCAUCCUGAAGAGCUUGACAYAUCCACAUAUCGUUCAGCUCUUCGACUGCGAACACAAACCCAUGUUCAUCUACUUGAUCAUGGAGUACUGCCAGCUGGCGGAUUUGGCACAGUUCAUGAAGAAGCGCCAGCUCCUUGAAACCGUGCCAGAAACGCAAGACUACUUCCGAAGGUACCCCAACCAGGAGAAUGGAGGAUUGAACGAAGUCAUGACGCGACACUUCUUCAAGCAAAUCGCCAGCGCCCUGCAAUAUCUCYGCUCAAAGGACCUGAUUCAUCGAGACAUCAAGCCGCAGAACUUGCUGCUCAAUCCAGCGCCUGCCUCCUGGUCAGGAAAAGCCCCGGAGGAAAUCCCGAUGGCUGCGAGCGCGCAGUCUCUCAUUCCCACCGUCGGCCUGCACACGCUGCCUCAACUCAAGAUUGCCGACUUUGGAUUUGCUCGCCACUUACCUAGCACGUCAAUGGCAGAGACACUCUGUGGUUCACCUUUGUAUAUGGCUCCCGAAAUACUGCGCUAUGAGAAGUAUGACGCACGAUCCGAUCUUUGGUCCGCAGGAACUGUCUUGUACGAGAUGGUGGUUGGAAAGCCGCCGUUCAGGGCACAGAAUCACGUCGACCUUCUCAGGAAGAUAGAAAAGGCAAACGACGUGAUCACUUUUGAUAAGCAAAUUGGAAACAUCAGCCGGGAUGUGAAGAAUUGUGUGCGGGGAUUGCUCACCAAGAAUCCCUUGGAGCGGAUGACUUACGAGGAGCUAUUCGAGUGCCCUUUGGUCGUUGACGACAUUCCCAACCUGGCGCCAGAAGACAGACCGCAGCAGAACAAGCCCGAGGUGUCUAGUCUGAGUAGAGACAUGGCCCAGGCGAUGGAGACCAACCACCGUUCAGUACCAGAGCAUUCGAGUUCUGCGCCAACACGAAGCAUAGGCGAAGAACAACGUCGGACUUCGCGGAAGAGUUCCGAUCAGGACAUGCGGCAGCGCACGACCGAAGAACCCAGGCGUCGGAAGCCGUCAUUCAGCAGCCAGAACACCACCGAAGGCGUGCCCAUACGACGCCAAUCGAGUCAGCGCGAGCAGCGCGAGCAGCGACGUCCGAGUAUGGUCCCGCACAUUACUGCCCCUGGACGUCAAGAGCUCCAUCACCCCAGCAUAACGGGACAACCCGCUCAAAUUCAGAGACGCGCCAGCCGGUCGUCGCCUUUGGCGGGACCUCCUUUAGUUCGUGAGCCCACGCUCGAGGCUGAAGGUGUGACCAAUGAGCGUUCCAAGCGGGAAGCCAGAGAACGCACAGCGAACGAGCUCACGUUUGAGAAAGAGUACGUUGUGAUUGAGAAGCGUGCAGUUGAAGUCAAUGCAUUUGCCGAUGAACUCGAUGCCGUUGCUGCCCAUGGUGGGCCCUCCAACCGUGGUGCCAUUGUGCGACGUGCUACUACUCAGGGACAGCCCAACUCAACUACCGGUGCCCAGCCAGCUAGUCCCUCGCGUGCCAUGCAAGUGGCGUCUGGAAGAACACACCAUCGAGCCGGGUCCUUCGAGAGGAGAUAUGCUCCCUCGCCACAGUCAGCGACUAACAUGCUCACGAAAGCGCUCAACGCCGCCAACGUUCGUCUAUUUGGAGGAUUUGGCACGUCACCACCUUUUAGCGGCCUGUCUCCUCCUCGCGGAUACGGUGCGUUCCCUGCUUACCCUACAGCCCGAGGUGCACUUACCAGCGGCGAUGGAACCGAGCACAAAACUCCCAUGGACGAGGAUUCUAAGCUUGUCCGCGUCAUGGAGGACGCUGCUCAUCGUGGUGAGGUCAUCUUUGGUUUUGCGGAGGUCAAAUAUCGACAACUGCUCCCUGCCACCCCGUCUGCCCAAGAUGCGCUUGGUAUCCAGCAGAUCGGUGCUCAAGAAGGCUCGAAGAGUGAUGAGGACCCGGAUAUGACAACGCUUGCCAUCGUUACCGUUGCUGAGGAAGCACUGGUUCUGUAUGUUAAGGCGCUCGCCACGUUGACCAAGACUAUCGAUCUUGCAGGAUAUUGGUGGAACAAGCGGGACCGUUCCGAUGCCGUGACGUCCGACCCUACCUCCAACCAGGCCUCUAACGCUGCAACUCGGAUACUUGGAGUCGUCAAGUGGUCGCGCACCCGUUUCAAUGAGUGCCUGGAGAAGUCCGAGGUUGUAGGUCGUCGACUUCAACUCGCUCAACGCCAGCUUCCCGAGGAUCWCCCAAACCACCCUGACAACCAAGGCUCGCACUCGGGAUCAAGUGGAGUCGCCACUUCUGCAGAGCAGAUUCACAUAUCCAGUGGCAUCACGGCAGAGCGUCUAAUGUUCGAUCGAGCGGUGGAGUUGAGCCGCUCUGCGGCUGUCGGCGAGCUGGUUGGUGAAGAUUUCCAUGACUCUGACAUUGGUUAUAAGACUGCCAUCAUGUUGUUCGAAGCUGUCCUGGACACCGACGAUGAGCCACUCAUGCGCAAGGCUGGCGCUAAGAAUCAAAAGUCAGGGGACGAGAUUGUCAACGGCAUGGAGAUCGAGGAUCGGCAGACGGUCAUCAGGCUUCUUGAGAGCGCACGCAAUCGCUCGCACAUUCUCAACAAGAAGAUCAAGCUUGCCCAGCAGGGUCUCAAGCGUGCUUCCACGAGCGGCGGUUCGACACCGAAGCCCGGAACGCCGGUGCCUGCGGUCGUCAGCAACCUACCCAGGGCAGCUUGA